GCAGAAACCGCAAUCUCUCACACCUUCACAGCGUAGAAGAGUACGCGAUCUGUUCCAAAAACAGAAGCUCGCAGCUCUACGCACCACUUGGAGACUCGCAGUACAUCAGCUGACGCCACGCGACCUGCAGUACUUUCAGUUUCGCACGCUAGAGGAACUACCGCUUGUUGUUCACCGGUACUGGUACGGAUUGUUGAUGCCGUACACGCCGAUGACACGCCCACCGACGACCAAGUCUGGCAAGUCGCCACUGAACGUGAGCCAAACUCGCGUGGCCAAAACUUGUGGAGAAGCAACGGUCACUGGAGCUGACGGCGGUUCUGGGUGGGAAUGCAACGUAAGAGGAGGUCAGAGCACUGCACAAACGCAUCGUGGUCGAGCACUCUACACCAUCAACCCUCCGGGAAUCGAUCCCAAAACUUCACCGCAAGCAACGCAGCAUCCACACUCACCGGACCACUUCGUCACGGCAGGUUUUUGCAGUACGAGCACCUCCCAAAAAAAAAGCUCAACGGUGAGACAUCUACACAGAGAACUGCGAGAACUUGGAGAGGAAUCAAAAUCAACAAAUAUGGAUAAACAGACACCAAAAAUAAAAACCGAGUCUCUUUUUAUGAGCCUAGUAGGGCUCAAACCCCGCGUGCCAAGUCGCGGCAGUUAUUCAGCGAAGUUACGGUCGCGAUGA